AUGGAGAAAGGCAUAAAGUGCCAUAGAGAAAGGCAUAAAAUGCCACAGAGAGAGUCACAAGCUUGACGGGUUUUCUUUUCUUUUCAUUUCAUUUUCCCCCGCACAAAGGCACAACGUGCCAGGGAGAGUCAUGAAUUUGACGGGUUUCCAUGUAUUUCCUAUUCUUUUGUGUUCGCGGGCGUCAAGCUUAGGUGGUGGUGAGAACUGUCUUUCCAGUCAAGAGCUUAACGGGUUUUCAUGUCUUUCCUAUUCUUUUGUAUUCGCGGGCAUCAAGCUCGGGUGGUAGUGGGGACAGUCAAGAGCUUAACGGGUUUUCAUGUCUUUCCUCUUCUU